AGUGGUUGUCAGUGUGCCUGGUAUUCAUGACGGCAUCCCUACAGAGCAAAGGUCUGUCAGGGAGGGAUCCUUGACUAGCCCAUGCAGACUCCUGUAAAUCACUCCUGUUGUCAACAAGUUGCCUUCAACUGUCCCACACCACUCUAUAAUAGCUCAAAAUGUAAGUUUCCUACAUGUCACUUCUCUGAUGGUUUGGCCAUGUGUGACGACAGUGUGAGGAUGCAAUGUGGGUGUCAUGAUAGUGGAACAGAAGUGUGAACAUGAGCAGUGUGGUUUCUCUCAUUUCCUGUUCUGAGAGUGGGUAUGUGACAGUUACUGAAUUCAAAGACAACAGAGGAGGAGAAACGAUAGAGGAGACAUCAGGCUGCUGGGUUCUUUGAACAUUUUCAGAAUCUGAUGGAAGGAUACUGUCUUAUUCUGAAUCCUGCAGUUGAAGUUCAUCCACCAAAAUGGAGAUCCAAAAAGACCUCAGGAUGAGACGACCUCAGAUGGAGAGUUACGACCAAAAGCUGGAACAACGGGCAGCAAAACAUGAGUUCUUGAGAGAUCGCAACAAUGUGACGACAUGUCGCAGCCCAGGACACAAGCUGGAGGCAGACUGGAAGAGUGAGAUGCAGCAGAAAAGACAGAUAGAGUUCCAGAGAAGGAGACAGAUUGUCCAGGCUGCCACUUUUCAGGCUGAUGAAAAGCAGUCAAACAAGGAGACCAAAGUCACGAUGAGGACCAACAGGCAGAGAGUGCCUCUCAUACACAGACAGUCCCUCAUAUCAGCAGAGGAUCUGGGGAUCACCUGGCCAGAUGUACACUCCAUCGGGAAGGCGACAUGGAUCACCUCACCACCACUGCAUGGGGCAGGAGGGCAAAACAAAAUAGGGCAGCUCCACUCUGACGUCUCACAGAUAUUCCCUCAAACACCACAGCAGCCCUCACUGAGGAAGAGUAUGGAUAUCAGAGAUAAAGUAGUUACACAGGACCAGAGUGGCCUAGUAAUGUUAACCAGACAGCUCCAACAAAGGAAUGCCUGCUGUCAGACAGAGCAUGGCUAUAGCACUGUGAAGGAGACAGACCUUGUUCAACUCUCUGAGUAUCUACAGGAGGCUCUGCGGCGAGAGGAUUCUCUGAAACAGAAGCUGUCUCUACUGAAGCACACCACCUCUACUCUACUGCUCUCACAUGACAAUGUCUGGAAGGUCUGUUGCAAAGAGGACAAGAUGAAGGGAAAGAUUGGGGCACUAGAGUCACAGCUGAAGAUCUGUGUGCAGAGGCUGUCCAGGGACGGAGCCAAGAAGCUGCUGCUACAGUCGGAGCAGCAGAGGCAGGAGCUGGAGGAGAUGGCCGUGGCCUCACUCCAGAGGGUCACUGACCAAAAAAACAAAGCCCAGGACAGAGCUCACAGCCUGGAAAUGGCACUGCAGACUGCCCAGGUUGAGUCAUCACAGUGCCGAGAGCGCUAUGAAGAGGAGAGGAGGAAAUGCACCCAGCUGAGGACGUCUCUGGUGCAGAACAUAGACCAUAUAAACCUAUUACAGAGCCAACUAGAGAAAAUGAUGGGACAGGAUGCAACUCUGGAGAGUCAGCUGCUGCAGCACCGACACACUGAGGCUGAGCUCCACCUCAAGAUCAACCUCCUAGAGGACAACCUCCACACCUGCAGGACACAACUAGAGACAUGGAGACAGCAAGACACCAUGAAACAGCAGGAGAUUGUCAGAGGACAGCUACAGGACUCCAUAGAGCAUUCAUUGGAUGAGCAGUUUCAGCCAGCCAUGUCACACCAGAGCAACAAGAAACAAAGCAUGAUGGAAGCCAAUGUCAAAAGGAGAGAGAGACGUUGUCGUCCCUGGUUCAUCCUGACCCUAUUCGUGGUAGUCAUGGUGGUGGCCAUUUUGACAUUGUUACUGGCCAAUAUCCCCACGACAAGAAAUCAGCUGUGGGACCUUUACCAAGUACUACAGGAACACACAGAGAAGUACCUCUAUGACAUGACAUUACCACAGCAUUGCUAUAGGCCCAUAUGACAAAUUAAAAA